UCCUUUGACCUUCCUUGCCAUUAUAUUUUCGAUUUGAGCUUUCAACAAAGAGGCAAAUCAGCAAAUGCCAUUCUGUAUUAUUACAAUCAUUCUUCUCAUAAGCUUUCUUUCUUUCAUGCUUGUCCCUUCGACAUCUUUCCACUGCAAGGCGUCCCCAUGAAUAUUUUAUUUCUAUGCAACUGUUCAAUUCUUCUACCCUGCUUUCCGUCUUUUUCCACAUGACCUAACCCCAACUGCAUUUCCAGACGUUUUGGCCCAUAUUUCUUAUAUAUUGGUAAAUUUUCUUGUUUUGUUGCUGGGUAAUGGGGGUCUGUUGUAGCAAGGCCACAGGGAUAACUGUGGAGAAUGGCACGGAAGAUAGUAAUGAACAUAGAGAUAGGGAGGCUGAGGUUAGAGACACAAAUGAUGGUGCCAUUAUAAGGUCUCGCGGAUCAUCUAAACAUGUCUCCAUGGCUAUCAAACAAGGGAAAAAGGGGAUCAAUCAAGACGCCAUGACAGUCUGGGAGAACUUUGGUGGGGAGGAGGAUAUGAUCUUUUGCGGUGUAUUUGACGGGCACGGCCCAAUGGGUCACAAGAUCUCUCGUCAUGUAUGUGACAGUCUACCUUCAAGGGUCCAUUCGAGAAUCAAAUCUUCAAAUAUUAGUUCACAGAGUCGUCAGGAGGAGGGACUCUUCUGUGAGCUCGAGGAAGUUCUAGUUACAUUCUUCAAGCGAAUAGACAGCGAACUUGGUCUUGACUCUCCUUAUGAUAGUUUUUGCAGCGGCACAACUGCUGUCACCGUCCUUAAACAAGGUGACUGCUUGGUGAUCGCGAACUUGGGAGAUUCACGAGCCGUUCUUGGCACCCGUGGAGGCAAGAGCAGUCUCAAAGCUGUCCAACUCACGGUUGAUCUGAAACCCUGUGUUCAACGGGAAGCAGAGAGGAUAGUAUCAUGCAAAGGAAGGGUGUUUGCUAUGGAAGAGGAACCUGAUGUAUACAGAGUGUGGAUGCCUGAUGAUGAUUGCCCUGGACUUGCAAUGUCGAGGGCUUUUGGUGAUUUCUGCCUCAAAGACUAUGGACUUCUCUGCAUCCCUGAGGUCUUUUGCAGAAAAGUCAGCAGAGAUGACGAGUUUGUGGUUCUAGCCACCGAUGGGAUUUGGGAUGUGCUGUCAAACGAAGAAGUGGUGAAGAUUGUAGGUGCAUGUAAGGACCGGUCAAUAGCAGCAGAGACGCUGGUUCAGAGAGCCGCUCGGUCAUGGAGAACCAAGUUUCCAGCCUCUAAAGCUGAUGACUGCGCCGUGGUGGUGCUUUUCCUGAACCACCGGCCAUACCCAAGAGAAGGAAACGUGAGCCGAGCGGUAUCGACUCUUUCUUGGAGAUCAGGUAAGAGCAAUAACGAGGGCCAUUGAGUCUACGGUUUCAUAGUUGGAUCAUUGUUAUCCACUUAUUGUUUUGGGUAACAAAUUUUUCUGUUGUCGAUUCUACUCAACGUUGAAGCUUUUUAUUUGUGUAUAAAAUAACUUUUGUUUGCUACUCAAC